AUGAGUAAACCAGUGUUUAAUAAUACUGACUCAACACCUAUUUCUAAAGAUUCACAAGGAAAACAAUUACAAUUAUGUUUAUGUCCAUUAUGUAUCAAUGGAAUUCCUAACUAUAGUGAUACUAAAACAGAUUUAAUAUCAUGGAUUUACAUCAUUAGAAUCAUUCUUUUUUCUUUAACAAAACUUUAUCCUCAAACAGAAUACUUUACUUUAAAGAAAGACAUUUAUGGAUUUGUUGCAGAUCAUUGGUAUACAUUUUCUACAUUAAAACAAUUUUUAACAAAUCCAUCUAAAUGGAAGAAAUCUUUUCUUGAUGCACUAAGUCAUUCACCCUAUUUUGAAUCAGGGUAUAGUUCUUACAAAACUACUGGUUAUUGGAAAUUGCGAGUCAAAGAUAAUCCUUGGUUAGGUAAUUUACAACCAAAAGCUAUAAAUGUAAUAUACUCUAGAGAUGACAUUAUAUUUUGUCAACAAAAACCUAUUGUUAUGAUGUCAUUAUCAACUAAGAAAAGAGUGGUAGAAUUAAAAGAUAAUUUCUAUGAGAUUCAAAUGAGAUUGAGAAAUAGUUAUAUUAAAACUUAUGAAUAUGCACAAAGUAUGCUUGAAAAAUCUGACUUUGAGUUACAAAGAAAUAUUAGUUAUGAUAUGAAAAUGCAAUUAUUAGCAAAAGUUGAUACUUUUAAAAAUCUUAGAAUGGGAGUACAUUUUUUAAUGAAAACUCUUAAUGAAAAUGAAACUUCUUACAAACAAAAUCAAAGUUGUAGAAAUCAUUAUUCAGGAUGUUUAUUUUUCAAUGUAAUAUUGAAUUAA